AUGAAGUUGAUGUAUGAUGCCAUGAAUGAUCAUGAAAAUGUGGUAAACUGGAGGAGUAUUUUUCAUAGAAAUAUGGCUAGACCCAGGGCUAACUUUGUUACUUGGAUGUUAUGCCAUGAGAAGCCUGCAACAAAGGAUAUGCUUAGGAGGUUUAACUUGAUCACUGAUAGUAUUUGUAGUAUCUGUAAGUCUGCUGAUGAGUCCAUAGCUCAUCUCUUCUUUGAGUGCAGGGAGAAUCAAGAGGUGUGGGGCCAAAUUCUGCAGUGGAUUGAUAAUGCUCACAGUCCUCUCCCAUGGGCUGAGGAAUUGAAAUGGCUAGCAAAGGAAGCAAACAAGAAAGGUUGGAGGGCCAGCCUGUUGAAAAUGGCUUUUUCUGAAACUGUAUAUGGUAUAUGGUAUAGAAGAAAUAAUAUAGUUUUUGCCAAAGGUGCUAACACAAAUAUAGUUAAAAGUAUCAUAGACAAUAUUGUGUAUAGAAAUUGGCUGUCUAAGAAGCUUAGAGAUCAUGUGGCCCUCUUGAUGAUGUAA